AAAUAUAUAUUACAUACAUAUAUAUAGAUAUCUAUAUAAAUGUAGUUAUGUACAGCUAGCACAUCCAAGCUGUGAUUUUAUGGAUAUUAUUAACUAAGAUGAAACUAAAGUCAGAAACAACAAGUCAAUUUGCAGAAAAAAAGUAAAGGAAAGAAUUGAAGACUAGAUGAAACUGCAGUUCCAGCAGCUCCAUUCAGGAAGGGCUGGCUAGAACAAAUACCCGGAAUGUGUGAGGAAAUGGCUAAUGUGGGAAAUGCUGAUGGAGAGAAAUUCCUCAUGUGUUAAUAGAGGAGGCAGAGCCAGCUCUGCCUUGGUCAGUGGGGAUGAGUGUGAAUCUACUUUUCCUGGAAUGUCUGUCUCCCUACAGAGACGUCAACCACAACAGAACCCCUGUGGCUCCUGCACACAGUUCUCUGUUGUGUGAAGUUUUGUUUUCUUUGUGGUUUUAAGCAGAAAAUCACACAUGUUCAUGCUGCCUCAAUCUGACAUGUCGUAUUAACCCUUUUCAUGUGACUUUCAUAAGGCAGGAUAUUGCAGGCCAUUCAGGAGAUGUGCCUUUCAGAGAAGGAUUCCCCUCAAAAGAGUGGACGCUGCACUGGACUUAAGUGAAAGGGGAGAGUUUGUAACUAUCCCAUAAUAUAUCUGAGCCCAUGGGAGAAAGAUGAUAGCAGCUCCUAGCUACCAAGUCUUCAGUAUCUUCCAGGCAUGACAUAUUAAAUCUAACCCCCAGAUGAGCUAAGUGAACCAAGCACCAUUAUUCUCAUCAUUGUAUCGUUGUAUUUAUGGGGAGGCUAAAAUGGGAGACUUACACAGCUAGGAAGAGAUUCAAAUACAAUUGUGUCUGACCAAGAGGUUGGAUUUCUUCACAAGUUACAAUAAGAGGCCAUGCUUCGGCUGUGAACACUUCUGGGGAAUGGCCUCUCCUAUAGCUUUGGUUGUAUCCACAACAGAACCUAUGUAAAUCCUACAAAGCCUUCCUUAGAAUAAUGCCCACAGUGACUGUCCUCCCUAGCAAUAGGACAUCACAGAACACGAAAACAUUGACUGUGAUCUUUUUUCUUGGAAAAGGGUGGGAGAGUCAGGGGGAUGGUUCAUGUGGGAGAAUGAGAGGGAAAAUAAAAUAAUGGAUCCAUAUAGAUGAGAGGGAUGCUAAUGUAUACACUGGGAUUCUCUUCCCAGGUCCAUAGUGAGCCCCUACAUGACAUUGAGAAGAUCUCUUCUUUCCCCUGACCUUUUUUUGUUCCCUCCAUAGUAUGAGGGGUUUGACCUAAAGGAUCACUUAAGUCCAAUUAUGAUCCUUUGUGUGUGUGUGUGUGUGUGUGUGUGUGUGUGUGUGUGUGUUUCUCCUCUGAUAUAGAAUAACUCAGAAAGAGAGAACUGCCCUGGAGAGUGGUUGCUAAAACAAUAGGGAAACAAUAGAGAAACCUUACCUUCACUGGUGACUCAGUCAAGAAAAAACAAUAGAGCCACAUUAUCAAUCAUGAAGGAUCCCAAGAAGUAUACAGAAGACACCUGUUUCCGGAGCAGAAGGGAGGGGAAGGUGUGGGGAACAUGGAGCCACAUUCUACUCCCUUCCUGUAUUUCCUUUGAUCUCUCUACCUGCUUCUUUCUUGGCCAACCACAACUUAGAAUCAACUAAGUUUUUGAAUUAGCUUGUAUAGACAAGAAACAUGCUAUGAGCCCUCCUUCUAAAGACCUUACCUUUAACUUCAGGAAACAAGAUGACUGCUUUCUCUUGCUUCAUUUACAAAAGUUAUUCAGAUGAGGAUUAUACAGUUUCUGAAUCUUCUCUGCCACUUUAAUUUUCUAAGCCACCAAUUUAAAGAUAGCCUUAAACAACUCUUCUGCCCCUGUGGAAACAGGAAGUGCAUGCCUCAGGCAGUUCCUCAGGUUGCUGUGUUGGAAGGAAUGAUAGUUUCUCAAUUCUGCCGCCAGUGAGACACAACUUCACCUCAGCAGUGCGUAUUUAGAGACAUUCAUCAUUAGAAACUGAGUGGGAACUUCCAUAUGGAAAAAAAAAUCCUAGAAUUUAAAGACCACCACAAGUGCCUACGUAUUAUUUAGAGACAAAGAAAGACCUGUGUUUUAUAACAAGCAUUCUUAACCCCACACAUUGUAAAAGUACAAAUGGCCCAGCAAAGUCAGAAUGACCCGGGUGAAGUACACCUUGUAAGGCAAGAAAUGUUCAACUUAAUGCUGGCUAUACCAUUAGUAUGUACCAUGGAAGUACAUACUAAAUAAGGGAAAAAUAAGAGAAAUGCUAACUUAAUGAAGCAAAAUCAUGACUCGUAUUAGAAAAUGAUUAGCUGAGAUCUGUGCAGUGAAUAAAACAGGGCCUUGUUACAACUUGAUUUGGUUGAUGUGUUUCAGAAGGACUCGUAAUUCAUGUUCCAACUGGAGAAAUAGCUUCAGCGAAUGAUGCAACAUAUCAUAUUUUUGUUCAGGUGUUUUGACAGGAAGCAAACGAUAGAGUUGUUUGGAACUCUAAUUGAGAAAAGGAUCUUAAUGAUGUUCACUCAGUCCAGCGUCAGGGUAUAGUGUGCUGAUAUUUCCUAGAGGAGAAAAUGUUGUAGAAUCUGCUUCUUCUGAAGAUUUAUAAUUUUGAUAAGCCUUUGUUUAUGUAAGCAAGAAGUGUGAUUAGUACUUCAAAUAACUGCAUGUUCAAGAUAUCUUUUGUUUGUUUAUACAGAAAAGGGUGCAAUUAUCUAUUUAACUAUAUCAUUAGAGAAAAAUAUAUGGAAAAAACUUCUGUAUUCUUCAAAGAUGUUAAUAACUUAUAUGUGUGAUGCCAUCUUAUGAAAAGACAGCCUUUAUAAAAUAUGAAGAGUUUGAAGUAUUGCUUUUCUUACGCAAAAGAUUUAGAAGUGGCCAUCAAAACCGUUAGAUAGUUAGAUGGCUUAACAAACUGUGAAAAGUAGAACCUUUUCUCUAUAAAGUAGGACCUUAAAAUCAAAAUUUAAAGCAAUCACUAUCUGAAAAAAAAUGUGUUCAGUAAAAAGUUAAAUAUGGGUCAUGUAAGCUCAGUAUUAACGCAGAGAGGCUGGAUUGAACUGAAACCAAUUUGUCGGAUAGUGAGAUGAAAUGCUGGCUAUGAGUUCCACUGGUUUUACCUUCAGCCUUGUGGGGGAAUGGUGGGGACAUUUGAUAGGAAGUCAGUCUUGCGUGUUCCAGCCCAGCUCUGCUGGGGGCAUGAAUUUGAGCAAAGUCCCUUCAUUUGUCCUGUCACCUUUGCCCUCCUUCAGGAAAUGCCAGUUUUGCAUUAGAUUGGAAGUUCUCAGCCUCUGUUCCCUGUAACUUGGGAGACGGGAUGUAUAGAUAAGAAGGAGGAAGAUUCUAGAGGGUGCGGCUCAUGGUCACUUUCUUCCCCCCAUCUCCUGAACAGCAGCCCUGUUUUGGGUAUCAAAAAUCUGAAAUAGUGUUACUUUACAGUUAAAUCAACAGAAAGGUGUCCAGUUGAUGUUGAAAACUAUGGAAUCUCCUUUUUAAAAAGGUAACUUUCAUGAUCCUCCUCUUAAUGCUCUCAGUUUUUAUACUCUGUUUAGUUUUUAUUGACAUCUCUGUCAUGGGGCAGCUCAUCUAGACAAGUUUAUUGAAGGCAAAUGAUAGUGAUGACUAUGGUGCUUUGCACACAGAUUGUCAAUAACAAUCUUGUUGUUUGGGGAGCACUUAGAGAUGUGGUUCAUGCAUGUGUGAACCUCGUCAGUGUAAGUUUUGUGCCAUUUAACUGAUAACAUUUUGAAAAUUUAUAAUAGCUGAGGGUUGUUAUAAGCUCAUAAGAUGCUAAGCACAGAGCUAAGUACUUUACAUUUCUUACUGAACCCUCGAAAAUAAUAUGAUCUCAUUACCCAUAGUUUCCAGAUGAGGAAACUGAGUCUCAAGGAGGAUGAACAACUUGCCCAAGGCCACGGGGUCAGCAUAUGACUGGCAGACCCUUAGGUCUUCCCACAUCACAGCACUCAGGGCAGUGAGGGUGUCCCAAGGGAUCUUUGCUGAGACUUUUAGCCUGAGGUCAGCUUCUGAGUUGAUUAUGACUUAGUUAUUGGAAAAAGAUAUAAUUUUCUUCAAUAAUCUGCAUCCCAAGGAACAGUCUCUGUUCUCAUCACUCCAGUUAGUUGCUUUUAAACCCUAUUCAAAAAAUUACAACGCAGGUUGAUUUCCUUAGUGGGGAGGAUGAGAGGAACCGCUUCAAGCUGAGAGCACAGUUGUUUCCAGAUGUGGCCAGGGCCUCCUUAAAGGUUAGUGGGCUGGAUAACCCAGCAUUCUGGGCCUAGGGAACCAACACACUCACGUGACAUCAUCCCACAGGGCAAUCUGUAUCCUUUACUUUUUGCCAUUCUUCCAGUUUUCGGGUAGCUGGGUUGUAUCAUUGUGUGGUGUGUGACUGUGUGUGUGUGUGCGUGCGCAUUCUCUAAUGCUACUCUUCAUUCAUUUAUUGCUGAGGGAAGUCCUGCUUCUUCCUGCACUGAAGCCCAAUUCCCAUUGCUUUUCUAAUGUGUGCACUGGAGAGUGGGACUUCCCCUGUCCGAGCUCUUUUCUACUGACCUGCACUGUGUUCUCUAUCCAUUGCUUCCAACUCAGACAGCGCUUUUCCUCCCAAGAUAUCUAAGUUGGGUUGGACAAAGUCAUUGGAAGUGACAGUCACUUAAAAAAAAAAAAAGAAAGGAAACUGGCAAAACACAGGGAUGCAUGUUCAGGAGAAGCUGUUGAGAGAAGCAGGUGGCUCUUGCCUCCUUGUGUUCUUGGAUGAGACAAUUGACUUUCCCCAAGCUGACUUCUUGCUUAGAUGAACUGACUUAACUGUGAGGUCCUGCCAAAGGUUGUUUCUCUAAGCGGUGCCUGGGGCUUUCACAAAGUGAAGUCACCUCUGCCUGCCAAGCAGGGACUCUCUAGCUAGACACUGGGGGAAUUUCAUAGCCUUCUGAUUACUCCUCCAAAAGAGGAAGUUCCUGUCAUCAUCUUACCUUUACCGUGCCAGGGUGCAGUUCGUUCUGCCUGUGGCUAACAUGCCCAGCUCAUAAUGUGCUGUUGAGCUAUAGAGAAGGGAAAUGGCGGACUGCAACUUGGAGAACUGUUCAUUUUGCUGAAGAGGAGACUUGAGGACAGAAUCAUUGCUCUACUUGGCUAAAUCUGUGGUCUUCCUGUCUAGGGCUGUGACUUCAAUGAGGCACCAAGGAGCAUUUGUGGAGUGAGCGUGAUUGCUCUCCAUCCAGCUAGGAAGGUCGUCCCAUUCCACCUACAUCCUCGCCUAGUCUCCUCCCAUCUGCUCAGCUGCCUAGCUCCCAUAAUCCUCCACCAGUUAGCUGCCAGAUGCCAUUGCUAGACAGCAACACCUCCCAUCAAAUCAUGGACACCAACCCUGAUGAGGAAUUCUCCCCCAAUUCAUACCUGCUCAGAGCAUGCUCAGGGCCCCAGCAAGCCUCCAGCAGUGGCCCUCCGAACCACCACAGCCAGUCGACUCUGAGGCCCCCUCUCCCACCCCCUCACAACCACACGCUGUCCCAUCACCACUCGUCCGCCAACUCCCUCAACAGGAACUCACUGACCAAUCGGCGGAGUCAGAUCCACGCCCCGGCCCCAGCGCCCAAUGACCUGGCCACCACACCAGAGUCCGUUCAGCUUCAGGACAGCUGGGUGCUAAACAGCAACGUGCCACUGGAGACCCGGCACUUCCUCUUCAAGACCUCCUCGGGGAGCACACCCUUGUUUAGCAGCUCUUCCCCGGGAUACCCUUUGACCUCAGGAACGGUUUACACGCCCCCGCCCCGCCUGCUGCCCAGGAAUACUUUCUCCAGGAAGGCUUUCAAGCUGAAGAAGCCCUCCAAAUACUGCAGCUGGAAAUGUGCCGCCCUCUCCGCCAUUGCCGCGGCCCUCCUCUUGGCUAUUUUGCUGGCGUAUUUCAUAGCAAUGCAUCUGCUCGGACUCAAUUGGCAACUCCAGCCUGCAGAUGGGCACACCUUUAACAAUGGGAUAAGGACCGGCUUACCAGGAAACGAUGAUGUGGCAACAAUGCCAUCUGGAGGCAAAGUGCCCUGGUCGUUGAAAAACAGCAGCAUAGACAGUGGUGAAGCAGAAGUUGGUCGGCGGGUAACACAAGAAGUCCCACCAGGGGUGUUUUGGAGGUCACAAAUUCACAUCAGUCAGCCCCAGUUCUUAAAGUUCAACAUCUCCCUCGGGAAGGACGCUCUCUUUGGUGUUUACAUAAGAAGAGGACUUCCACCAUCUCAUGCCCAGUAUGACUUCAUGGAACGUCUGGACGGGAAGGAGAAGUGGAGUGUGGUUGAGUCUCCCAGGGAACGCCGGAGCAUACAGACCUUGGUUCAGAAUGAAGCCGUGUUUGUGCAGUACCUGGAUGUGGGCCUGUGGCAUCUGGCCUUCUACAAUGAUGGAAAAGACAAAGAGAUGGUUUCCUUCAAUACUGUUGUCCUAGAUUCAGUGCAGGACUGUCCACGUAACUGCCAUGGGAAUGGUGAAUGUGUGUCCGGGGUGUGUCACUGUUUCCCAGGAUUUCUAGGAGCAGACUGUGCUAAAGCUGCCUGCCCUGUCCUGUGCAGUGGGAAUGGACAAUAUUCUAAAGGGACGUGCCAGUGCUACAGCGGCUGGAAAGGUGCAGAGUGCGACGUGCCCAUGAAUCAGUGCAUCGAUCCUUCCUGCGGGGGCCACGGCUCCUGCAUUGAUGGGAACUGUGUCUGCUCUGCUGGCUACAAAGGCGAGCACUGUGAGGAAGUUGAUUGCUUGGAUCCCACCUGCUCCAGCCACGGAGUCUGUGUGAAUGGAGAAUGCCUGUGCAGCCCUGGCUGGGGUGGUCUGAACUGUGAGCUGGCGAGGGUCCAGUGCCCAGACCAGUGCAGUGGGCAUGGCACGUACCUGCCUGACACGGGCCUCUGCAGCUGCGAUCCCAACUGGAUGGGUCCCGACUGCUCUGUUGAAGUGUGCUCAGUAGACUGUGGCACUCACGGCGUCUGCAUCGGGGGAGCCUGCCGCUGUGAAGAGGGCUGGACAGGCGCAGCGUGUGACCAGCGCGUGUGCCACCCCCGCUGCAUUGAGCACGGGACCUGUAAAGAUGGCAAAUGUGAAUGCCGAGAGGGCUGGAAUGGUGAACACUGCACCAUUGGUAGGCAAACGGCAGGCACCGAAACAGAUGGCUGCCCUGACUUGUGCAACGGUAACGGGAGAUGCACACUGGGUCAGAACAGCUGGCAGUGUGUCUGCCAGACCGGCUGGAGAGGGCCCGGAUGCAACGUUGCCAUGGAAACUUCCUGUGCUGAUAACAAGGAUAAUGAGGGAGAUGGCCUGGUGGAUUGUUUGGACCCUGACUGCUGCCUGCAGUCAGCCUGUCAGAACAGCCUGCUCUGCCGGGGGUCCCGGGACCCACUGGACAUCAUUCAGCAGGGCCAGACGGAUUGGCCCGCAGUGAAGUCCUUCUAUGACCGUAUCAAGCUCUUGGCAGGCAAGGAUAGCACCCACAUCAUUCCUGGAGAGAACCCUUUCAACAGCAGCUUGGUUUCUCUCAUCCGAGGCCAAGUAGUAACUACAGAUGGAACUCCCCUGGUCGGUGUGAACGUGUCUUUUGUCAAGUACCCAAAAUACGGCUACACCAUCACCCGCCAGGAUGGCACGUUCGACCUGAUCGCCAAUGGAGGUGCUUCCUUGACUCUACACUUUGAGCGAGCCCCGUUCAUGAGCCAGGAGCGCACUGUGUGGCUGCCGUGGAACAGCUUUUACGCCAUGGACACCCUGGUGAUGAAGACCGAGGAGAACUCCAUCCCCAGCUGUGACCUCAGUGGCUUUGUCCGGCCUGAUCCAAUCAUCAUCUCCUCCCCACUGUCCACCUUCUUUAGUGCUGCCCCUGGGCAGAAUCCCAUCGUGCCUGAGACCCAGGUUCUUCAUGAAGAAAUCGAGCUCCCUGGUUCCAAUGUGAAACUUCGCUAUCUGAGCUCUAGAACUGCAGGGUACAAGUCACUGCUGAAGAUCACCAUGACCCAGUCCACAGUGCCCCUGAACCUCAUUAGGGUUCACCUGAUGGUGGCUGUUGAGGGGCAUCUCUUCCAGAAGUCAUUCCAGGCUUCUCCCAACCUGGCCUACACCUUCAUCUGGGACAAGACAGAUGCGUAUGGCCAAAGGGUGUAUGGACUCUCAGAUGCUGUUGUGUCUGUCGGGUUUGAAUAUGAGACCUGUCCCAGUCUAAUUCUCUGGGAGAAAAGGACAGCCCUCCUUCAGGGAUUCGAGCUGGACCCCUCCAACCUUGGUGGCUGGUCCCUGGACAAACACCACAUCCUCAAUGUUAAAAGUGGAAUCCUACACAAAGGCACUGGGGAAAACCAGUUCCUGACCCAGCAGCCUGCCAUCAUCACCAGCAUCAUGGGCAAUGGUCGCCGCCGGAGCAUUUCCUGUCCCAGCUGCAACGGCCUUGCUGAAGGCAACAAGCUGCUGGCCCCAGUGGCUCUGGCUGUUGGAAUCGAUGGGAGCCUCUAUGUGGGUGACUUCAAUUACAUCCGACGCAUCUUUCCCUCUCGAAAUGUGACCAGCAUCUUGGAGUUACGAAAUAAAGAGUUUAAACAUAGCAACAACCCAGCACACAAGUACUACUUGGCAGUGGACCCCGUGUCCGGCUCGCUCUACGUGUCCGACACCAACAGCAGGAGAAUCUACCGCGUCAAGUCUCUGAGUGGAACCAAAGACCUGGCUGGGAAUUCGGAAGUUGUGGCAGGGACAGGAGAGCAGUGUCUGCCUUUUGAUGAAGCCCGCUGCGGGGAUGGAGGGAAGGCCAUAGAUGCAACCCUGAUGAGCCCAAGAGGUAUUGCAGUAGACAAGAAUGGGCUCAUGUACUUUGUCGAUGCCACCAUGAUCCGGAAGGUUGACCAGAAUGGAAUCAUCUCCACCCUGCUGGGCUCCAAUGACCUCACUGCCGUCCGGCCGCUGAGCUGUGACUCCAGCAUGGAUGUAGCCCAGGUUCGUCUGGAGUGGCCAACAGACCUUGCUGUCAAUCCCAUGGAUAACUCCUUGUAUGUUCUAGAGAACAAUGUCAUCCUUCGAAUCACCGAGAACCACCAAGUCAGCAUCAUUGCGGGACGCCCCAUGCACUGCCAAGUUCCUGGCAUUGACUACUCACUCAGCAAACUAGCCAUUCACUCUGCCCUGGAGUCAGCCAGUGCCAUUGCCAUUUCUCACACUGGGGUCCUCUACAUCACUGAGACAGAUGAGAAGAAGAUUAACCGUCUACGCCAGGUAACAACCAACGGGGAGAUCUGCCUUUUAGCUGGGGCAGCCUCGGACUGCGACUGCAAAAACGAUGUCAAUUGCAACUGCUAUUCAGGAGAUGAUGCCUACGCGACUGAUGCCAUCUUGAAUUCCCCAUCAUCCUUAGCUGUAGCUCCAGAUGGUACCAUCUACAUUGCAGACCUUGGAAAUAUUCGGAUCAGGGCGGUCAGCAAGAACAAGCCUGUUCUUAAUGCCUUCAACCAGUAUGAGGCUGCAUCCCCCGGAGAGCAGGAGUUAUAUGUCUUCAACGCUGAUGGCAUCCACCAAUACACUGUGAGCCUGGUGACAGGGGAGUACUUGUACAAUUUCACAUAUAGUACUGACAAUGAUGUCACUGAAUUGAUUGACAAUAAUGGGAAUUCCCUGAAGAUCCGUCGGGACAGCAGUGGCAUGCCCCGUCACCUGCUCAUGCCUGACAACCAGAUCAUCACCCUCACCGUGGGCACCAAUGGAGGCCUCAAAGUCGUGUCCACACAGAACCUGGAGCUUGGUCUCAUGACCUAUGAUGGGAACACUGGGCUCCUGGCCACCAAGAGCGAUGAAACAGGAUGGACGACUUUCUAUGACUAUGACCACGAAGGCCGCCUGACCAACGUGACGCGCCCCACGGGGGUGGUAACCAGUCUGCACCGGGAAAUGGAGAAAUCUAUUACCAUUGACAUUGAGAACUCCAACCGUGACGAUGACGUCACUGUCAUCACGAACCUCUCUUCAGUAGAGGCCUCCUACACAGUGGUACAAGAUCAAGUUCGGAACAGCUACCAGCUCUGUAAUAAUGGUACCCUGAGGGUGAUGUAUGCUAAUGGGAUGGGUGUCAGCUUCCACAGCGAGCCCCAUGUCCUAGCGGGCACCAUCACCCCCACCAUUGGACGCUGCAACAUCUCCCUGCCUAUGGAGAAUGGCUUAAACUCCAUUGAGUGGCGCCUAAGAAAGGAACAGAUUAAAGGCAAAGUCACCAUCUUUGGCAGGAAGCUCCGGGUCCAUGGAAGAAAUCUCCUGUCCAUUGACUAUGAUCGAAAUAUUCGGACUGAAAAGAUCUAUGAUGACCACCGGAAGUUCACCCUGAGGAUCAUUUAUGACCAGGUGGGCCGCCCCUUCCUCUGGCUGCCCAGCAGCGGGCUGGCAGCUGUCAACGUGUCAUACUUCUUCAAUGGGCGCCUGGCUGGGCUUCAGCGUGGGGCCAUGAGCGAGAGGACAGACAUCGACAAGCAAGGCCGCAUCGUGUCCCGCAUGUUCGCUGACGGGAAAGUGUGGAGCUACUCCUACCUUGACAAGUCCAUGGUCCUCCUGCUUCAGAGCCAACGUCAGUAUAUAUUUGAGUAUGACUCCUCUGACCGCCUCCUUGCCGUCACCAUGCCCAGCGUGGCCCGGCACAGCAUGUCCACACACACCUCCAUCGGCUACAUCCGCAAUAUUUACAACCCGCCUGAAAGCAAUGCUUCGGUCAUCUUUGACUACAGUGAUGACGGCCGCAUCCUGAAGACCUCCUUUUUGGGCACCGGACGCCAGGUGUUCUACAAGUAUGGGAAACUCUCCAAGUUAUCAGAGAUUGUCUACGACAGUACCGCCGUCACCUUCGGGUAUGAUGAGACCACUGGUGUCUUGAAGAUGGUCAAUCUCCAAAGUGGGGGCUUCUCCUGCACCAUCAGGUACCGGAAGAUUGGCCCCCUGGUGGACAAGCAGAUCUACAGGUUCUCCGAGGAAGGCAUGGUCAAUGCCAGGUUUGACUACACCUAUCAUGACAACAGCUUCCGCAUCGCAAGCAUCAAGCCCGUCAUAAGUGAGACUCCCCUCCCUGUUGACCUCUACCGCUAUGAUGAGAUUUCUGGCAAGGUGGAACACUUUGGUAAGUUUGGAGUCAUCUAUUAUGACAUCAACCAGAUUAUCACCACUGCCGUGAUGACCCUCAGCAAACACUUCGACACCCAUGGGCGGAUCAAGGAGGUCCAGUAUGAGAUGUUCCGGUCCCUCAUGUACUGGAUGACGGUGCAAUAUGACAGCAUGGGCAGGGUGAUCAAGAGGGAGCUAAAACUGGGGCCCUAUGCCAAUACCACGAAGUACACCUAUGACUACGAUGGGGAUGGGCAGCUCCAGAGCGUGGCCGUCAAUGACCGCCCGACCUGGCGCUACAGCUAUGACCUUAAUGGGAAUCUCCACUUACUGAACCCAGGCAACAGUGUGCGCCUCAUGCCCUUGCGCUAUGACCUCCGGGAUCGGAUAACCAGACUCGGGGAUGUGCAGUACAAAAUUGACGACGAUGGCUAUCUGUGCCAGAGAGGGUCUGACAUCUUCGAAUACAAUUCCAAGGGCCUCCUCACAAGAGCCUACAACAAGGCCAGCGGGUGGAGUGUCCAGUACCGCUAUGAUGGCGUAGGACGGCGGGCUUCCUACAAGACCAACCUGGGCCACCACCUGCAGUACUUCUACUCUGACCUCCACAACCCGACGCGCAUCACCCAUGUCUACAAUCACUCCAACUCGGAGAUUACCUCACUAUACUACGACCUCCAGGGCCACCUCUUUGCCAUGGAGAGCAGCAGUGGGGAGGAGUACUACGUUGCCUCUGAUAACACAGGGACUCCUCUGGCUGUGUUCAGCAUCAACGGCCUCAUGAUCAAACAGCUGCAGUACACGGCCUAUGGGGAGAUUUAUUAUGACUCCAACCCCGACUUCCAGAUGGUCAUUGGCUUCCAUGGGGGACUCUAUGACCCCCUGACCAAGCUGGUCCACUUCACUCAGCGUGAUUAUGAUGUGCUGGCAGGACGAUGGACCUCCCCAGACUAUACCAUGUGGAAAAACGUGGGCAAGGAGCCGGCCCCCUUUAACCUGUAUAUGUUCAAGAGCAACAAUCCUCUCAGCAGUGAGCUAGAUUUGAAGAACUACGUGACAGAUGUGAAAAGCUGGCUUGUGAUGUUUGGAUUUCAGCUUAGCAACAUCAUUCCUGGCUUCCCAAGAGCCAAAAUGUAUUUCGUGCCUCCUCCCUAUGAAUUGUCAGAGAGUCAAGCAAGUGAGAAUGGACAGCUCAUUACAGGUGUCCAACAGACAACAGAGAGACAUAACCAGGCCUUCAUGGCUCUGGAAGGACAGGUCAUUACUAAAAAGCUCCACGCCAGCAUCCGAGAGAAAGCAGGUCACUGGUUUGCCACCACCACGCCCAUCAUUGGCAAAGGCAUCAUGUUUGCCAUCAAAGAAGGGCGGGUGACCACGGGCGUGUCCAGCAUCGCCAGCGAAGAUAGCCGCAAGGUGGCAUCUGUGCUGAACAAUGCCUACUACCUGGACAAGAUGCACUACAGCAUCGAGGGCAAGGACACCCACUACUUUGUGAAGAUUGGCUCAGCCGAUGGCGACCUGGUCACACUAGGCACCACCAUCGGCCGCAAGGUGCUGGAGAGCGGGGUGAACGUGACCGUGUCGCAGCCCACGCUGCUGGUCAACGGCAGGACUCGAAGGUUCACGAACAUUGAGUUCCAGUACUCCACGCUGCUGCUCAGCAUCCGCUAUGGCCUCACCCCCGACACCCUGGACGAAGAGAAGGCCCGCGUCCUGGACCAGGCGAGACAGAGGGCCCUGGGCACGGCCUGGGCCAAGGAGCAGCAGAAAGCCAGGGACGGGAGAGAGGGGAGCCGCCUGUGGACUGAGGGCGAGAAGCAGCAGCUUCUGAGCACCGGGCGCGUGCAAGGGUACGAGGGAUAUUACGUGCUUCCCGUGGAGCAAUACCCAGAGCUUGCAGACAGUAGCAGCAACAUCCAGUUUUUAAGACAGAAUGAGAUGGGAAAGAGGUAACAAAAUAAUCUGCUGCCAUUCCUUGUCUGAAUGGCUCAGCAGGAGUAACUGUUAUCUCCUCUCCUAAGGAGAUGAAGACCUAACAGGGGCACUGCGGCUGGGCUGCUUUAGGAGACCAAGUGGCAAGAAAGCUCACAUUUUUUGAGUUCAAAUGCUACUGUCCAAGCGAGAAGUCCCUCAUCCUGAAGUAGACUAAAGCCCGGCUGAAAAUUCCGAGGAAAACAAAACAAACGAAUGAAUGAACAGACACACACAAUGUUCCAAGUUCCCCUAAAAUAUGACCCACUUGUUCUGGGUCUACGCAGAAAAGAGACGCAAAGUGUCCAAAAGGAACAAAAGAACAAAAACGAAUAAGCAAAGAAGAAAACAAACAAAAACAAAACAAAACAAACACACGGACCGAUAAACAAAGAA